CGGUGGAACGCACAGAAGCCGCUGUAGGAGUCGCGAGGUUCGGAGCUGUGGCUGCUGCCUGCGGAUCGCGCCUGGAGUUUGACCAGCUGCUCCCCAGCUCUGCUUCCCUGCGCCGCCGCGAUGCUGUCCUGUCGCCUGCAGUGCGCGCUGGCCGCGCUCUCCAUCGUCCUGGCUCUGGGCGGUGUCACCGGAGCGCCUUCGGACCCUAGGCUCCGUCAGUUUCUGCAGAAGUCCCUGGCGGCUGCCGCGGGGAAGCAGGAACUGGCCAAGUACUUCUUGGCAGAGCUGCUGUCUGAGCCCAACCAGACGGAGAAUGAUGCCCUGGAACCUGAAGAUCUGUCCCAGGCUGCUGAGCAGGAUGACAUGAGGCUGGAGCUGCAGAGAUCUGCGAACUCAAACCCGGCUAUGGCCCCCCGAGAGCGCAAGGCUGGCUGCAAGAACUUCUUCUGGAAGACUUUCACAUCAUGUUAGCUUUGUUAACCACUGUCGUCUAUCCAGACCUCUGCUCCCUCUCCUUCAAACCCUAUAUCUCUUCCCUAAUCCCCCAGAAUCCCUAGCAAGACCCUUGCAUUAGAAACUGAAGACUGUAAAUAUAAAAUAAAACAAUGGUGAAAUUAUGGAAAACAAGGUUUGAUUUUGUUCAAUACUACAUGAUGAGCUUGAGUUUUGGGUACCAGCACAGUUGUUUGAAGGGAUUUUCACAGACAUCCAUUUAAAAUUCCCUAUGGCAAUAAAGGUUACAUUGUAAAUGGUAA